AUGGCAGCCAACGAUUCUGAUACAUAUGUUACCCAUUUUUGCGCAAGGUGUAAUGGAAAUAACACCGAGACUGAGGCCAAGGCUUAUUGUGCAAAGUGUGACUCAUGCUUUUGUGACGGCUGUGUGAGGUUACAUAGUCAGGGGUUUCAAAACCACACCACUGAUGGGCCUGAAAAAAUGGAGAAGUGGCCAGUUGCCAUGGCUACACAAGAGUUUCUGGAGAACUGUGAAGUCCAUAAGGGGAAGAAAUUUGCACUGUUUUGUGAGGACCACAGCCAGCUGUGCUGCCAUACUUGCGAUUUGAGCCAUCGGCAGUGUUCAAAGGUAACCCCUAUUGCUAACACCACCCUGUCUGCAUCAGACGAUCAGCAGCUGUCAGCGGAGAUUAACACCAUUCUGGAUCAACUUAUGAAGCUGCAAGCUUAUUGGAAGAGCAACCUGGAAUCACUGCAAGUGUCAUACAAAAAAAGGCUUUAA